GAUCCUCUUCUAAUUAGGGUUUUUUUUCAAAUUUGUCUGAUUUCCCUCCAAAUCCUCUGAAGGUUCAAAUUUAGAAACUAUCAAAAUCCUAAAUUUUUCUUCUUUCUAGGGUUUAAUUGAGACUCUGAGAUUUGGUUUAGUUUCUUCGGUCCCAGCUUGGUUUCUGCUUGUCUUGAGAUUAAUUCGGGUUCUUGAAUUUCUGGUAAGGACGCAAAAUUUGUCCUUUGUCUCUCCAUUCUUGUUCGUUAUGCAGUAAUUUCGUUUUUUUAGAUGUGAAUUCAAUCUAGGGUUUCAUAGUUCCUCAUCUAGUUUGGGGAUGAAUAAAACGAAAAUUCCUUCAUUCUUUCGUUUCGUCAACAAACAGGCGGGGUAACAAUUAAUAUUCAAUGAGUUUUUAGUAUUCAUGGGGGUGAAUGAUGAGGGAAUCUGAAAAAACCCAAUUUUGAUAUGAAAUUUUGAAUAUGAGCGAUGGAGGUGUGAAGAGUAGAAAAGAGAGGGAUGGUGAGCAAAAUUUGUCACCGGCAAAAGCUAAAGCAGACGACUUUGGCCGGGAAGUGUCCAAGAUUGCUGUGGCACAGAUAUGUGAGAGGGUGGGGUAUCAGGGCUUCAAAGGGUCUGCUUUGGAAGCCCUCUCUGAUAUUGCAAUUAAAUACCUUUGUGACUUGGGGAAGACUGCAAGUUCUUAUGCUAGUUUAGCUGGUAGGACAGAAUGCAAUCUUUUUGAUAUAGUUCGCGGUUUUGAAGAUUUCGGAGUUCCACAAGGAUUUUCAGACACAUCAGAGGUUGCCAAUUGUGCUGUAGGUUCAGGCAAGGUGAGGGAGAUGAUUGAGUUCUUCAGUUCUACAGAGGAAAUUCCUUUUGCUCAACCUGUGUCAUGUUUUCCGGUUAUUAGGGAUAGGAAGAUGAUCCCUUCUUUCGAAAAGAUGGGUGAAACCCCACCUGGUAAACAUAUCCCUACUUGGUUGCCAGCUCUUCCAGAUGUUCACACUUACGUUCACACGCCUCUGUGGAAUGAGAGGGCGUCAAAUCCCCGUGAGGAUAAGAUUGUGCAAGCAAAGCAGCGAAGAAAGGCAGAGAGAGCUUUGUUGAGUUUGCAGCAAAGACUGUUGUGUAAUGGUUCAACAAUAAGUUCAGUUUUGGAGGCUCCAGAUGAUGAAAAGGAUGAACAUCAAGGAACUGGAACCAACCCUUUUCUUGCCAUGCCUUUGCAGCCCGGGAAGAAAGACGUUUCUCAGAUUGUUUUGCCAGCAAAGUUUUCCGAUGAGGUGAUGAAGGUUGAUGAAGUUUCUGUUCUUGAGGCAUUUGCUACUGCAAUUGAAGCACUCAAAGAUGAGCAGCAGCUGCUUCCACAUAGGAGGCAUGCUGUUAAUUUUAAGUUCAGAACCGGCAAGGAACUUGUGGGUGAAUCAUUGGAUUUGAAUCUAUUGAAGAAGAAUGGUGGAAAAGCAGUAAUAUUUUUACGGGAUGAUGAGAGGGAUGACAAAAGGAGAAGAGCUGAGUUUGUUCUUAGGCAAUCUAUUGAAAAUCCUGUGGAUCUCAACCAGUCAUAAUGUACCAUGGAUAUUGUAAUUCUCAUUAAUCUCAUUACUUUAGGCCCCAUUAAUCUCAUUACUUUAGUGAGCUAUGGAUGGUUCUUUUGUAUGGUUUUUUUGCAUGGAUAAAAAAUGAUAUAGUUA